ACCCCGCUUGUCUCUGGCCAUAAUCCUGACGAUUCCCCACUAAUGGUUGCACCAAUAUAUAAGAACAAUGUAAAGGAGAUGAUUUUUGAAUUGCUUUAGUCCUCACAGCUUUGGAAAGGGGAAGCAUAAGUCUUUUUGCUUGUUUUAGUCUAGGGUUGCUUUCUGGACUGUCCCCGAUAAAAUAGUGUUUUUAUAUUUCCUCAGGCCAUUAGUUUUCAGGCACUGUGUGAUAAGUUAUCAGCUGCAAAAGUAUUCAAAUGUCUGUAUCUGCCAUACACAGUUUGUAAGGUGGGUUAUUCGAUGGACCUUCAGAACGCAGCCCUAGUGGCUGGCAGCAUUUCUGGCAGGAAUGGGAAAGGGGGCCUUUUGGACAGCUGCUCCCAGAACCUCGGGACCCAGGCCAGCUCUGCCCCUGUUGACCUACUGCUGUUGGUAAAGAUGGUAUCAUUGGCGCUGACCGUUGGCUUAAGCUGACCUGUUUUCUCACAUAGAUUUGAUCUGGCAUGUUCUAUUUGUUCUUUUGCUAUUGAUCUCUCAUUGGUUUUAUUAGUUUGUUUUCGUAUUUUACUCUUGUUAACUGUCUUGAGCAUUGUUUUAGUGAAAGGCAGGAUAUAAAUUUGAUAGAAAUGGACUGCCACAAUGUUCUUGGCACAGUAGCGCGUUCUUGUGGAGCAGUCUUGGCACUCUGCGUGCAUUUAAAGGCACCCUUUUCUUGGCGGCAUAGAAAUCCCAGUUUAGGGAAAGGAGGAACUUCUUGAAAAUUGUAGCCCUGCCAGUGCUGACAAUCAUCAACAGCCACUAACCAGUCCACAUAUUUGCCCAGAACAUCAACAGAAAGCUGACUUACGAAGUUCUGGAACCCCUGCCAAUAGCAUGGGCCGCCUGCUGUCUGUUGCACAGUACGUUCUGUUCAGUAUUCCACUUAAGGAGCCGAUUGGCAGUUCUUUGACUCUCCUUGUUCGUUCUGCUGCAGGUGGUGUUUGGUUUGGCUGUUGUGAAAGCACAAAGAGAAUUUUAUUUCCGUACUCAAUCCCAUUUCUGGAUUUUGGUACCUAGUGUAUAUCUAGCUUUGUUGUGCUGGUAUCUCAAGUCUAUUUUAUUUAUAUAUUGCUUUUACAUGAAAAGGGGAAAAAUGCAAAGAAAGCAGAGAAGAGACUUGCAGGUCAGGAAUGCAUGCAGCUUGCAAGUUCCUGCGGUCUUCUGAAGGGGCUGCUUUCAGUGUUUGAUGGAUUGGUCGGAUGUUGCUUGCAGUUCCCUGAAUGUAGUCGCGCACUUUUGGGCAAAGGGUUUGAGCUGGCCAGCGGCACCUUUGAUCUUGCAUUCCAGUUCAAAUUCCAGAAGCUGUACCUUCUGUCUUCCGAAAAUAUUAUGGAAUUAACCCAGCUGGUAUCAAAAUUUAUGUACAGUGUGUCAGGGGUUCCCCCACGUGGCACCCACAGAGGUCUCCCUACCCUGCCCCCUUCAGAAGAAAAUUGUUUGAAAAAAAUCUUGGCAAAUGUUAGGGCAGUCUUCUUUCCUCUCUCCUCCUCUCACCUCUGCCCCAUUGCUUUGGGAUUCCCACCCCCCCGCCCCUGUGUGGCCCAACCCCCCCCCCCCCCGCCACGUCCUCCAACCUGGUGCUUGUUCCUCCUCGUGGCCUUGCUGUCCCCCUUCCUUCCUACUCUUGAGCUGCACCAGCUCUCCCUCGGCCUCCCCCUUGCUCAUUCUUCCUACUCCCAGAUUCGAGCCUUGCUCUUGCUCUUCCCUCUGCCCCUUUGCCUAGCUAUCCCCCCCCCGCCUCGAGCAGAACACCCCCUAUUUCUCUCUCCCCUGCCCCUCCUUAGCUCACUUUUGACUAGCCAGGCCUUAGGUGACCAGGCACGUCCCCGGGGGAGCCACGCUGUGGCAGUGCCCGGUUGCUCAAAUGCUCCCUGGCCGAGCAUGCUGGGGGCCCUGCUUCAUGCUCUGCUCCAGUGGACAGGGCUGCAUGGCCUCCCUCAUCCUCCAUUAAAUUCAAGAGCAACUGGCACAGGACCAGCCUUCAGGAGUGUGGCUCCUUUUCUGCUAGGAAUGCGCAGUGUGUCAUGCUGCAACUGGUUCCCCGGGUGACUGGGGAAAGCCCCAAGCGGGGGCUGAAGGCAGUCACCUGUCCCCCUGCCCGUGAGCGUGGCAGGUCCCCCUUAGAGCUCUCGAAGCUGAAGGUCAUGGGUGCAUUUUGUACCGGGGGUUCCGAGACCUAGUGGUGUUGUCGGAGUAAGACCUUGUUCAGUAUGUCCCAAAAUCCUCUCUGCCUAGGGCACAUGGUGCACAGGAACUGAAGUGAAGUGUGUGUGGUUGGGGUUUUUUGCUGUUGCGGGUUUUUGCUUUUUUACUGUGUGUGACCAUCGCUGCUCUGUCAUGUUGUCUGAACCAAGGCAUGGUAUUUCACCACGGUAAGUUUGGUCUUUAGAAACCAAGCUGGAACAAUGGUUUGCUCAGUUGUGUCUUUGUAUCCCCAUGGCUUGUUGUGCUGUUCAGACCCAGGCCCUGCUUUCCACAGACCUGGCGCGCAACUAGCCCGGGGCCUCUGGAAAGGGUGGCAGCUGCAGGAGCUGGUGCAGCCACCCAGCCUCGAGGCAUGGGACAGUGGCGGGGAGGCGGUGGGUGAGGCGCCUGGGGGAAUUGCAGGCCCCGUGGCCGGUGGAAUACAUGCUGGCAGUGGGAAGACUUAGUGGGACCCACGGGUUCAGAAGCUCUUUUGGGGUUUCGGGAGCACAUGCAGAGAACUUGAAACGACUGCUUCCAGCGUACAACGAAAGCAGCAUAGCAAGCGUGUGCCUGCACACCGAGAAGCUGCAGGAUCUUUGAGAAGGGACUGCACCAGGAGCCCAUGGCGCAUGUGGCAUUUGGAGGCAGUCCCUGCAGCCUUCUUGU